AUGCAGGAUAGUAGAGGCACUUUGGAAUGUCCUCUCUGCAAAAUCGAUCAAGCAUCCUUGGCUAAGGGGACGGAAGUAUAUGCCUUAAAAAAGGUCCAAACACUUGUUGGUUGCAGACGGGUAAUUCUUCAGGAGUCAGAUUUCCAGUAUCAAAUGCUCGUGAAAUGGCAAUCACUUUCUCAUCAUCACGACUGCUGGGUUUGUUUUUCUCCUUGCCACAUUCUUGUUUAUUGUAGCUGCCUUGGCAUUGUUCCACUUGAUUGGCUUCGUGUUUUUGAGCCUCAACGAGCACGAACCUACAUAAGCAAGAAUACCUUACCUAAAGAGGCAUACUCGGAGGAUCAAAGGAAACCUGAAUGGCUUGAAGUAGAUCGUGCCAUUGCAUGCCGCCGGAAGUUUGGUUAUGAUGGUUUAUGUGACGUCCUGGCUAGUUUUGAUAAUAAUGAAGAUUUUGAGGGACACGAGUUCCUCGUGAAAUGGAAAGGACUUGACUAUUGUGAUGCCACAUGGGAGUCGUAUUUCACGGAAGGCGUGCCAUCAGCUGUUUCUAUGCUUGUCCAAAGGCAUAAAAAUACUGUACGAAGCCCGAUGAACAUUGACGUGAUGGUCCCAGAAAAUGUACUAUACAAUUACCAGGUUCAGGGGUUACAAUGGAUUCUUGACAAUUUCAAAUCUAGGAGGAGCGUUAUUCUUGCUGAUGAAAUGGGUCUUGGCAAAACUGUCCAAGUUGUUUGCUUUCUCAACCGCAUAAUCAAAGGAAGUCUGACCACAUCUCCUGCAUUGGUCAUUGUUCCCAAGAGCAUCCUACUGCAAUGGGAAAAGGAAUUUGAUCGCUGGGCACAUGAUCUUAGUAUUGUUGUUUACCAAGGAGAUAAGGACUCCAGAAAGUGUAUUCAAGCUCAUGAACUGUACUCUUCCAAAGGGAAGACUCUGUUUGAUGCUCUAGUGACAAGUUAUGAGAUUGUCCAAAUUGAUAAAGCAGUUCUAAAAAAGAUUAAGUGGUCAACGAUUGUCAUUGAUGAGGCUCACAGAUUGAAGACGCUUGAUUGUAAUCUUGCAUCCUGCCUAUUGAAAUAUAGCUCAGAUUUCCGGUUGCUACUUACAGGAACACCAUUCCAAAAUAACGUCCUGGAGUUGUUUUCAUUGCUUCAUUAUAUUGAUCCAAAUGAGUUCUCUGACCCAAAGGAUGAUCUGUUGUUCUCACCAAUUGAAUCUGAGCGUGGUCUGACAAUAGAUGAAAAAAUCGCCCGCAUUCCUGAGAUUUUAAAGCCUAGGAUGUUGAGGAGAUUGAAAGCUGAUGUGCUAAAAGAUUCUAUGCCAACAAAGAAGUGGGUAGAAGUUCCGUGUGCACUUACAGAUUCUCAGAGAGAUCUUUACAUUAAUAUUCUAGAGAAGAACUACUCAAAGUUGAACAGUGCUAUUCAGGAUGGUAGGAAGCGUUCUCUGAACAACGUACUAAUGGAACUGCGAAAAUGCUGCAAUCAUCCGUAUUUGUUUACAGGAUCGGAUGGUAAACAACAUGCAGGAGAAGAUGUUCUCCAAUCACUAGUUUCUGCAUCAGGGAAACUUCAACUCUUACAGAAGUUGCUCCCAAAAUUGAAAGAGAGAGGGAACCGUGUAUUGAUUUUCUCCCAGAUGACGAAGAUGCUUGAUAUUCUUGAGGACUUCCUUUCUUUCCUGGGAUACACAUAUGCACGCAUUGAUGGACAGACAGCACUCUCUGAGAGGCAGGAGAGCAUAAAAGAAUACAACAACGCUGAAAGUGAAACAUUUAUUUUCUUGAUGUCAACUCGUGCUGGUGGUAUAGGUAUUGACCUGCCUGGUGCUGAUAGAGUAAUUAUAUAUGAUCCAGACUUCAAUCCAUUUAUGGACUUGCAAGCACAGUCCAGGGCUCACCGGAUUGGCCAGACCCGACUGGUGGUUGUUUACCAGCUUAUUACAAAAUGUUCUGUUGAAGCGAAGAUAUUGCAGAAGUCUAAGCAGAAGCUGGCCAUUGAAAAUAUUUUAAUGAACUCUUCCAAGAAGCCGCCAAGUGCAGAUGAGCUGAAGUCCAUUCUACUACAUGGAGCCAAGAUAAUUCAGGACAAAAAGGAGAUUAAAGCUGUAUCAAUCCAUUAUGACGACGAGGCCAUUGAGAAUCUCCUCAAGCUAGAUCCUUCGAGCGACGAGAUGUGCACUUCAGAGUGCAACGGCUAUCUUGGCGGCAUCGAGAGCUUUCCUCAUGGUGCCGAGGACGUAGUACCUCCCUCCCCCAAGGUUGAGGAAUUAAAAGUAUUCAAGCCUGCCACUCCCAAGGUGGAUCUUGGCCGCGGGAGAAGGCAGAGGAACCUCGUGAAGUAUUUCGAGGAGACGGACAAUGAAGACAGUGAUGACAUGUACGCUCCAGAGGCUUCCUCCUAG